UCGGCACUUGGCAAUCGAUCCAAGAUGGGGGGUCGUCUCAGCAGCUGGCCGUGCUCCGUCUCCUCCGUCCUCGUCGUCGUGAUCUCCGUGGCGCUGCUGCUCAAUGCCGGCACGGCGGUGGGCGGCUGCUACAAGCGCAUCUUCUCGUUCGGCGACUCCAUCAUCGACACGGGCAACUUCGCGUACUUCAUUGGCAACGGCCCGUCCCGGUUCAAGGAGCUCCCCUUCGGCAUGACCUUCUUCCACCGCGCCACCGGCCGCAUCUCCGACGGCCGCGUCCUCGUCGACUUCUACGCGCAAGCGUUGGGGCUGCCGCUGCUGCCGCCGAGCUCGCCACAGGAGGGGUGGGGGAACUUCUCCACCGGAGCCAACUUUGCCGUCUUCGGCUCCACCGCGCUACCGCCGGAGUACUUCGUCCCCAGGUACAACCUCAGGAUGCACCCGCCUUCCACUCUCGACCGCCAGCUCGACUCCUUCAAGGGGGUCCUCAACCGCAUCGCUCCCGGAGACCGUGCGAGGAAGGCUCUGCUGAGCGAGUCGCUGGUGAUCAUGGGGGAGAUUGGCGGCAAUGACUACAACUUCUGGUUCUUCGGGGACCGGAAAAAACCCCGUGAAACCACAUACAAGUACCUCCCGGACGUUGUCGCCCGCAUCGGCGCCGCAGUCCAGGAACUGAUCAACCUAGGCGCGACCACCAUCCUAGUGCCCGGCAACUUCCCCAUCGGCUGCGUGCCGGCGUACCUGGCCAGGAAGCCGAGCGGCAACCCGGGCGACGACUACGACGAGCACGGCUGCCUCAAAUGGUACAACGACUUCUCCCAACGCCACAACGCUGCGUUGCGGCAGGAAGUGAGCCGGCUCCGGUGGAAGAACCCUGGGGCGAGGCUCAUCUACGCCGACUACUACGGCGCCGCCAUGGAGUUCGUCAAGAACCCGAGGCGCUACGGCAUCGGUGACCCGCUCGUGGCGUGCUGCGGCGGCGAAGGGAGGUACCAUACAGAGAAGGAGUGCGGCAGUGCGGCCAAGGUUUGGGGGAACCCUGCUGGUUUUGCUAGCUGGGAUGGGAUGCACAUGACGGAGAAGGCCUACAGCGUCAUCGCCCAAGGGGUGCUGGAUGGUCCUUAUGCUGACAUCCCGCUGCGGCGCAGCUGCCCUGCUAGGCUAAGCUAGCUGGCUGGCUAGAACUAGAAGG